AUGACCACUCCCCAUGAUCUCGCUCUCGCCCAGGCUUCGCUUGUCCACGAAGCUUCGCUCGCUUUGCCAGGGGAAUUCAGCCAGUGCACGUACGACUUGGGAUAUAUUAAACAGGCCGACUGGUUCCACGAGUCGUGUCUUAACUUGCGGGAACGAGUUCCUCCUAGGGAAACGGCAGAGUCCGACGCAGAUCCAUUUCCGUCCGGCGCCCAACCUGCGCCACUGGACCAGACCCAAGGUGGACCGCCGCCGGAACAGACCGAACGAGCCCAAGUCCAGAGUGCUCCACCAGCCCGCAGUGGGGAUGCUCCACUAGUGCUAGGGCAGAUCCAGGACGCUCCACCAGCCCAGGACGGGAACGAACAAGACGCCGAGUCUGUUUAUUCUUCGGCGUCCCUGCCGCCGGCUUUAUUACCAGGCGACUCGUAUGAAACGCUUAUUUGCGGGAGCUGUGUUGGAAAGAUACCGACUGUGAAGAGAUAUGCGGGAACCAAGGGAUUUAGGAUGGUUGUUCCGGCAGAAGGAGGUGUGGAGGGAUUCAGAAUCUUGGGCGAGGAGUGGGAUGAAGAGCGUCGAGCUAGUGACGCUGGUGCAGACGAGCAAGCCAGCAAACGACCUCGGGCGGAAGAUCCGAAUCCCACGCCCACGGACACACCAUCCUCAUUCAACGACACGUCCGCAUCUACCCCAGACGAUCCAAUUCCCCCUACCCGAUGUACGGCGCCGCCAAUCAACAGCCUAGCCCAAACGUUUCUUGCCGACCCGACCGCAUAUGGCGACGUGUUUCUGAGUGCUGGUUGGCGAGAGCGAUGGUGCCGGUGCGAAACGUGCUAUCCAUCUCUGUUGAAACACCCAUUUCUGCUCGAGGAGGAAGAGACGUACGAACCACCCCAGGAUCCGGACGCGGGACUUUCGCUGGAGGAACUUGGCAUGCGGGCGCUCGCGACUCUGCCUCAUGAACGAGCGCUGGACAGUAUUAGGGCGUAUAAUGCGAUGCGGGACGACCUCAUGCUGUACUUGCGCCCGUUUGCAGACUCGGGACGAGAAGUUCGCGAAGAAGACAUCACCGCGUUUUUCCAACGCCGGCGCCAGGGUAGGGUUUGA